AUGGCCAACCCACGCCAGCGCUCAAAGGCAAAGUCUCACAGGAGCACCAAGCCCUCCCUCAACCAGAAGCGCCGCAUGCACCAGAAGCUGCGCAAGGCGCCGCCCCUCAAGGGCCCCGAGGCGCUCCAGGAGGCUUGGGACAAGAAGAAGACUGUGUUCCAGAACUACGCCGCCCUCGGCCUCCUCCCCUCGAUCCCAGUGGACAAGGGCGCGCGCAACCAGCGCGUCAAGCUGCCGCUCGCCCCGCCAACCGACGACGACGGCGACGCAGACAUGGCCGAGGCCGCGCCGGCACCCAGCGGGUCGUUUGGCCGCAUUAUCCGCGACGCGGACGGCAACAUUGUCGACAUUGUGCUCGAUGACGAGGAGGAGGUUGUGGAGGUUGAGGAGCCCAAAGCGGAGGGCAGUGGCAGCGCCAAGCCAUUAAAUGUCGAGACGGCGCCGCUCGCGCCUGUCGUGGCGAAGACGGAGGUCGUGAGGAAGCUGGAAAGCCUCGCCGCCUCGGCCGCGCCCGUCAUCCGCCACACGUCCACCGCCGAGCGCAUGUGGCUCGUCUCGUCGGUCCAGAAGCACGGCGACGACUACGAGGCCAUGGCCAAGGACCGCAAGCUCAACGUGUGGCAGAAGACGCCGGGCGAGCUCAAGCGCAUGGUGCGCAAGGCUGGCGGUGUGCAGAAGCUCUUGGCGUAG